GUGUUUCACCUGCAACACAUUAUGCCUCUGCAAAGUGCUAGUGACGUGAGUACUGUAGUACAGUUUUUACCAAAUCUAUCUAUGAAUCGACCUUACACGUUGUAAUACAAACAUGUUUGUCUUUUGCAGUUACUUCUCGAUCCAGAAUGGUUGAACCUCCCUCACAUUCAUACUGGUUUUCCAGUAUUGGACCACCCAAUUAAUUGCGUCCUACAAGUUUUUUUCCACACACCGAGGUUUAUUCGGCUACUCUGCGAAUUGAACCAUGACUGUGGCUCUGCCCAGCCAUGCGUUUGUUGUUAUUUGCUUAAAAUAUGGAAAAGUGUUCAGCUUGGCAAUGUUCAGCGAGAUCUGAUUAUUGAGUUCUCCAAACUGAUGCCAAAUACCAGUGCCUUUGACAUUGUCAUAAGUAUUCUUAGUGAGUUGCAUUAUAUAUUGGCACCUGUGAAAGACUUGGAAGCGUCUCCCGUUCUAGAAAUCUUUGGUGGCAGAAUGGAGACAAGACAUAAAUGUGUGAGCUGUGAGAUGACAUCAGUGAACAAUGAGCUACUGUUAUGCAUUCAGUUGUCUCUCUCAGAGUCAGAGAACCUGCAGCAAGUAAUUGAUGAGGCUUUCAGAACUAAAACAAUUCGAUGUCCCAAGUGUUCAGGAAAAUUUUGCAAUGUCCAGAAGGAAAUAACAGAAGCUCCUAUGGUGUUGCUCUUGCAUGUCAGUCGAGUACCAGAAUGGUCAAAAGAAAAAUCUUUCAGAGUGAGUCCUAGUAUUGAGCUUCCAAAUUUCUCACAUUACAAAAUACUAGGCUCUGUUCAAGAUGAAAACGUAGCAAUUGUUACAUGUCCAGAUAACAGCCUAGUAUCAAUUGCUAAUAGGAGAGUUAAUUAA